AUGCCCCACACUUUUUGCUGCAUGUCGACCGACCAGGCCAAGAAGCAGCAUUCCUCUGCCGUGUCUGUCGGAACCUUUCUUGAGUGUAUACCGGUCGACAACCCCAGGAUCACGGUCGUAUCGAACCAGACUUUAUCGAUGACUCUGUUCCGUCACUCGAAAUGCCAGCCGCGGACGGGUACCUUCUUUGUGGAAUCUGGAGUUGAAACCGACUUCUACAAGAAAGAACCAAUCUUAUUCCUUGCGUCCGCCAUGAAUGUGACUUUCAAUGUCGUGUUAUCACUCCGCUCCCGCGACUCUGGUCUUACAAUGGCCCGCCCGGGGAUCCGAGCUUUGCUCGAACGGGGUCAGCCACUUCAAGCACGUUGGCUUGCUCGCGAGCCGCCCCUCGGUUACCGGAUUAGGAGCCCGUCAUCUUCCCAACUCGGGUUGCUGACCUUCCUACGUAGCCAAGGGGCGUUUAUGAUUCACGACGCGCAUAAGCGAGUCAGUACGGGCCCAGACUGCCUAUACACCAGAGUUUGA